AUGGCACGACCAGGAGAGCCCAAGGAUGAUAGAGGGGGUAACUGGGGCGAUAUAGCAUCGGGUCACCCAGAUCCGCAGGAUCAGAGCUUGCGAAAGCCUUUCACACGAGCUACCGGCCUGUUCUACCCGUCGUUUGCUAGGAAUCCUAUUCUCAGGAGCGUCGCGAUGAAAGAUCCCACUACGAGGAUCUCCAAUGCUAAAGCUGGGUACCCAUUUGCUUCGUUGUCCAUGCCGCAAUCGACCCGUCGGUUCAGCUGUGCCACUUUUUCUCUGCCAGGGGACCCAGCUAGUCCCGCUGGGAAGGCCUCCAAUAGGUCACUAUCUCUACAGAACCUAACCAAUGAGAUGGUUCAAGUCCUUGGAGCGAAUCUCGAACGCUCAGGUAGAACCUCGGAACGGCUCAACAACGAUCACACUUGGACCACAGGCGGGAUCGUUCAGGGAUCGAUCGAUGAGCGGGUCAAGCCAGUGAGGGCAGCGAUUCCACAUUCAGGGCAUUGGGGGUUGCUGGGAGGAAUCGAAGGAUCCGAUCCAGCCGAGAGUGGAACCGGUUUGGUGUCAGACAGUCGGACCCGCGAGCCGCCAUCGCUUAGCGGAUACGACAUCCUCACUAUAAACAUCCACUAUCCUCGUUCUGCUUUUGAUGGCUCAAAGCCUUUCAAUCCCACCUCAGCAAACAUGAUGCACACCACUCAUGCAGGACCAUCUCCUUUGGUCAACUCUAGCGGAGUCUGGAACCGAUAG